AUGCUCAGCACGGAAAGUUUCGUGGGGGCGAGAGCCCUGGGCGAGGAAUCGUUGCAGAUGUGGGACCUCAACAAGCGACUGGAGGCGUACCUGGCUCGCGUGAAGUUCUUGGAGGAGGAAAACGAGGUGCUGCGAGCCGAAAUCCAGAACGCCAAGGGCAGCCCCGCCGGCGAUUCGUGGCGGGCAAAGUACGAGGAGGAGCUGCGAGCUUUGCGGGAUGCGCUGGAUCGUGCCUUCACGGAGAAAUGUACGGCCGAGCUGGCCAGGGACAACCUCUACGAGGAGGUCCAGCAGGUGAAAAGCAGGUGCCAGAAGGAGCAGGCAGCCCGAGAAGAAGCCAAGAAGCAGCUUUCCUUGAGCAAAAAGGAACUGGAGGAGGAGAGGAGAGCGCAGAUCUGGCUGAAGGAGAGAGCAGGGCAGCUGGAGAAGGAGGUGGAAGCUUUGCUGGAGGUGCACGAGGAGGAAAAAGCGGGGCUGGACCAGGAGAUCGCGAGGUUCUCGCAGAGCCUGGAAAGCUUUCGAUGCGCGCCGUUGGCUUUCCAGCCGGUGGAAGUGGAGGACUACUCCAAGAGGCUUUCGGAAAUUUGGAAAGGGGCGGUGGAGACCUACAAGACGGAGGUGUCCCAGCUGGAGGGUUCCCUCUGCCAGGCCAAGGAGAACCUCUGGAAGGCGGUGGAGGACAACCAGCAGAGCCAGCUCCAGCUCCAGCACCUGGAGAAGGACCUGGCAGGGCUCAAAGCACGGAAGGAGAUGCUGGAGGAGAACCUGGCCCGGCAAUGGCAGGAGCAGCGUGGGGAGGCAGAGAAAUUCCAG